CAUCCUCGCCCUCUCGAGCAGUACCAUCAACUACCUCCUCAUCGCUCUCAUACUCGUCCUCCCAUCCGUCUUCAUAUUCGCCCAUCUCAUCGUCUGGAGUCCUCUGGGGCUGGGGUCCACUCGUAUUCCUAGGAAUCUUUUUGGGUUCAUGUUCAGUGCUCGUCGAGGCGGACUGAAACUCUGUUGCCGUUCGUUUUGACAUGGCCUAGCUAAUUGCCAGAAGUGCUGCUAAUUGCAAGAAGUCCUAUGCAGCGAAAUAGAGUUCCUGCAGCACGCAAAAAGUUGCUUUCCGAUCGGCAUCCAAAUCGGGGUGUUCACGUGCCUGGAAGUCGCACGCCGGCAAGGUCGCGCAGAAAUCUCCGUUGAGAUUGCGGCGGCCUUUGAGAGCCUUAGAGCUGACGUCGAAUGGGCCUGAGAGAUCUACCUGGAAUAUAUCUUCCGCCUGCUAGUCUCUACCAUGCCACCAGUCACGCUCCCUCCUCCUCUUUCUCUCCCCUCCUGUAUCCGCCCAACGUAAGGCUUGGCCGGUCUAUACCGCAUAUAUCGACCAUCAAGUGGAAAGGUAUGUCUUCUACGCGCUUUACACGGUCAUGGAUGUGGCCUAUGGGACGUGGACACGGUUGGUGUACGUUGCCUACCUGCCGGAAUACUACGCGUCAACUCCGGCUUGUGAUUCGUAGCCAGCUAGCGUAUGCCUAAGCUACGCGCCACGUUUUUGAGUUUACCCCUCGCGAUUUCGGAAUUCAUCACUGAUAUAAAGUCUGUCGCGUCCCACUAGUGAAAUAACCAACCCCUGUCUCUCCCAACUCGUGUCUUCUCCACCAUGUCUUCUGCUGCCCUCGUUACUCUCCCUCAAGGAUACCAGUAUGCUGGUGCCGCCAUCCUGUCGACCUUCUGGUUGCACUUCUGGCAGAUGGUGAAGGUCUCCAAGGCCCGAUCGCUCGCUAAAAUUCCUUACCCUCAAUUGUACGCCGAGAAAGCUGAGGCCGAAGCCAACAAAGACGCCUACAAGUUCAACUGCACCCAACGUGCCCACCAAAACACCCUUGAAAACCUGCCUACCAUUCUCGGAUCCACCGCGAUCGUAGCUACUCAAUGGCCUAUUUUCGCCGCCAGUGCAUGUGGACUCUGGGUAGCCGCGCGUGUUCUAUACACCAUUGGAUACAGCACUGGUGACCCCGCAAAGCGCAACAUGUUCAAGGGAACUUUGAUUGGAGGGUUGUCCAUGAUCUCUCUCCUUGUGGGCGCCACUGCCGCCGUCGGAAAGACCAUCCUCUAUUAAUGUUACCAUGUAUUAUCUAUUUUAAUAUAACGUCGAUCCUCUUUUCUGUUCACUUUCCAUACUUACAUUGUGCCGUGCGAACCUAUGGACUGCAGUAAAAG